UUCCUUGCUCGUACGUCACGGAUUGCGAGGGAAGCUCAAUGGCGGGAUUUCCCGUCUUCGGUGCAAUUUUUUUCUGGAGAAGCGGAACGGUGCUUCUGCUAGAUCGAAAGAAGGAAAGAAAAUGUCCAAGGCAUUCUUUUCGAUCGUAGCGCGAAUGGGGAAGCUGUGAAAGGAGUGGGGUAAACCUUAGCCUUAUCUCUCAGGAAGGAGCUCCGGCUGAGCAUUGAAGGGCGUCUUCUGGCAGACGAAUGGAACGCUGUGCUGUGCUGAGCGGUGGAAAGUCGAGCCAGGAUAAGCGGGCUGCUGGCAGAACGGGGGCGGCGGGAGCACCAAGGGUGUUGCUUCAUCUUCAGCCUGGAUCCAAGAAUGGGCAUUAUAACCUAUGAUGAUUACUCCAGUUCACCGCUUCAGAGAUAUUGAGAGGAAACCAGAAUAUCUUCAACCGGACAAGUGUGUCCCACCUCCCAGCCACAGUUCCUCAGGAACAAUGUGGUUUAUUCGAGAUGGUUGUGGUAUUGCCUGUGCCGUUAUCACCUGGCUCCUGGUAUUUUAUGCUGACUUUGUAGUCAUCCUCGUAAUGCUGCUUCCAUCAAGAGACUAUAUUUAUAGUGUAAUCAAUGGAAUAGUUUUCAAUACUUUGGCAUUCCUGGCUCUGGCUUCACAUUUGAGAGCAAUGUUAACAGAUCCAGGUGCAGUGCCCAAAGGUAAUGCCACAAAAGAGUUCAUAGAGAGCUUACAGCUGAAGCCAGGACAAGUAGUUUAUAAGUGUCCAAAAUGCUGUAGUAUCAAACCGGACAGAGCACAUCACUGCAGUGUUUGCAAAAGAUGUAUACGGAAAAUGGAUCACCACUGCCCAUGGGUUAAUAACUGUGUAGGAGAGAACAACCAGAAAUACUUUGUACUGUUUACAAUGUAUAUAGCUCUAAUUUCUCUGCAUGCUCUAAUCAUGGUUGGAUUCCACUUCCUAUAUUGUUUGGAAGAAGACUGGACAAAGUGCAGUUCUUUCUCUCCACCAACUACUGUGAUCCUUCUGAUCCUCUUGUGCUUUGAGGCUCUCCUUUUUCUCAUUUUCACAUCUGUAAUGUUUGGAACGCAGGUACAUUCCAUCUGCACUGAUGAAACAGGAAUAGAACAGUUGAAAAAAGAAGAGAGAAGAUGGGCUAAAAAAACAAAAUGGAUGAACAUGAAAGCAGUAUUCGGCCAUCCGUUCUCUAUAGUUUGGCUUAGCCCAUUUGCUACUCCAGACCAAGGAAAAGCCGACCCAUAUCAGUAUGUGGUCUAAGAAUUCAUGACAACAUUUUCACCCAAACAAAACUGCAUUUGCGGCACUAUGGCUAUUACACAUGAAUGUUUCCAAUGAAAAAAACUUUUGUUUAAAGAAAAACUGCCUGUAAAAAGGCAGAUAACUGCAAAGAAAAGAUGAGGGGGGGGAAAGGUCUGUAUUCUGCAAACGUUGUUAAUUCUUCAUCUCUAGCUGAAGCGUUUUCUUCUUCUUUUUACUUAAUAAUUUGACUGGCUUAUUUUUUCCCUGUCUGCUUGCUGACACAGCUAAUGUAAAGGAGAAACUCCUCUCUCUCUGCCCACCUAUGCUGACUGUGUAGUAUUUGCACAACCACUAAACAACAGCCUAUGCCAGGAAUAUCAUCUUAUAUGUGUAGUCAUGAACUUCUUUGUGGCAGAAAUUAUUUUAUAUUGUGGUAUUUUGUGUGCGCUUGAGUUAAAGCCUCACAUAAUGUCUGACAUAAUGGAAGAGGAAAAUAUGGCUCAACUAGAAAGCCGGUUGAUAACUUUGCUUAGUUUUUAAGCUUUAAAAUAUGUUGCCAAUACUAUUGUAUUUUGGAGAGCUACAGAAUUCUUCUUGUGCUGUUUUUAAACCAUAUCUUUCUGGAAAGCAGGAAUUGUUGUCACUAUUGGUUAUAUAAAGGAAGGUUGUGAUAUGUAUGGCUUUGUAAUGCCUUAUAAUUGAAGAAAUAUGAGAAGUUGAUUUAAAUGUGUAGAAUAGCAAGAUAAAAUUUGUAUUAAUUAAAAAAAGGGGAAUGGUUAAUGAAUAGAGUUCAUGUAUAGAAGAGGCUUAAAAUCCAGGUAAAAGUCUAGCAUUGUCCUCUAAUUUUCUUUUUAACAUUACCUUCUUUUUAUAUCUUUAGAUACUUGUUCUGCUGUAAUUCUGUACAUAAAUACAUACAUACAUACAUACAUACAUACAUACAUACAUACAUACAUACAUACAUAACAAUUAGAACUAUCAUGUAUAAAAAGAUCAUGCAUGCCUUCAUUCAUGAUUACAUGGAUGGCAAACUGUAUACAUAGUAAGAGCUUGGAGAUGAGGACUAAAAAGAAGGCAUUCUGUUUAAAACAAACAUAAGUAGAACAUCUUACACACAAACUGAGUGAGUCUGUAAUGCUUUGGCAGGGAUUUCAUUGCAUAUUUUAGAUUUAAAAAUUCUGAUGGUCUCAUUUUGAAAAUAAUGUGAAUGCUGCAUUUUUUUCAGUACUGUCAAUGCUUCCAUAUGGGAAACAAAUGCAAUAAAUCUUUUCUGAACUCUGCUUCUGUGCCUUUAUUUAAAACAAGUUCUUUUAAAUUCCAUUGUCCUCUAGAUUGUAAGUAGUUGAGUAAUUAGUGUUAAAUUUAUUUGAAUCAAAAAGUACUUUGGCUACACUUUUAUAUUCUAUCGUGCAUUCAACAAGCAAGCAGACAUUUUUGUAACAAAACUACUUUCUUAUUUCCACAAUUACAUAUUAAAAUGCUUAGUGCAGAAGAAUGUAUUUUGUGGAUCAGUAACCCUUGAUGAAAUGCAUUAAGAGAUGUUUUGAAAAAAAUACAUAAGAAAAAGAAAUAGAUUUUUUACCUAUCAAUCUUGAAGUAAGAGUCACUGAGUUCAGUGAAACUUAUUUUAAGCGAUUAUAUUUAGAUCAUAAUUUAGAUUUUUUUAUGAAUGAUACUAUAAGUAUUAGCCUAUUAGACAAAGAACCUCAGUGAUUUAUAAAACAAGAUAUUGAAAAGAGAAUAUGAAAAUGUGUCUAAGUCUUACUCUACAUAUUAAAAGUAAUUUACCACAUUUAUUCCAGCAGACCAAUUUUCCAGUGAUGAGAGAGCAUUUUCUGAUCCAGUUUUCAUCAGUUUUCUAACUGUAGAAUUUUAUCUCCAUGGAGGCUUGGAUCAUUUUGAUGAAUUUUUGGCAGGAUAUUCUACGUUUUUCUAAGUUUUAAAUAUUUCGCUAGAUAUAAAAUAGAUCUGAGGAUGGGUGUUGUUGUAAUAAUAACUGUAUUAUUUUAUGGUGUAUUUUUGGUGGAUCAUAAAAAUUAUACUGCAAUGAAUUUGUCACAGGAUACCAUUUUGGAUUUGCUAUAAUAAACUAGUUUGUCUAUCUCUGAAAAAAAUGUCAAAUAAUUAUAUGUUUGCCUAGCUAUCAAUAAAUACAAUUAUUUACAUUCAAAUCAAAUAAAUGAUUUUACAUUGAA